UGUUCCAUAUAAAGUUACAAUUCAUUUCUGAACGCCAUAAGAGGUUUAUUCGCUUUUGAGUACAACACACYAAGUCGUACCUAACAUAUCAAAAUGAACAAAUUCCUGUUGGCAGUUGCUUUUUGCAUCGCUACCACGAUGACCGUGGUCCAGACAGCACCAGCUAAAUAUACUACUAAAUACGACAACGUUAAUAUCGACGACAUCCUGAACAACGACCGCUUGGUCAGCAGCUACUUCAAGUGUCUGAUGGAAACAGGAAAAUGUACACCAGAAGGCGAAGAAAUUAAACACGUGGGAGUUAARGUUCUGAAUGCAGCAUUUUCUAAUACAUUUCAAUAUAUGCCUCCUGAAUUAAUGGGCACUAUAGCGGAAAUGCAUGGGGCGAUCAACCAGGCAUACCAGAAAGAAGCCGACGAAUUAACGCAAAAUAAUUAAAUUAAUUUGAUUUGUC